AUUUCUAUCGUUAAAAUGCAUAAUCUACCGACCCUAAUACAUUCACAUAAAAAGGUAGGCUGUAAUAAUACCCCGCCGCUCCUCGAUUCGGCCGCAGUCGUGGGCGCGGCUUGGGGCUUGGUCACGCCCCUUGAGUCUGGUCCCAAAGGACGCUCCUCACCCCGCCGCGCGCGAGGCGCCGCGUGCGAGGCGCCGCGUGAGACCGGCUUUGCCCCUCCUUCCCGGCAGAAGCGCGGAGAAACGGUUCCUGCGCCUGCGCCCUGCACCACUGCGUGCUUUGGCACCCACUCGGGGGCCUUUGUGCGCGUGCGCGCUCGCGCUCCCGCUCUCUUGCUGUGCUCGGCUGAGUCAGUCAGUCAGUCUGUCGGAGACUGUCCCCGGAGCAGGCAGAGUGAAGGGACUUGGACAAGCCAGUUGCCGGAGUAUUCUAUUUCCCCUCCCUUUCUUCCGCCCCGUGUCUCUCUUCACCCUUCUCCCGCCCUCGCUCGCGUAGCCAUGGCGGAGCCGUCGGCGGCCACUCAAUCCCCUUCCAUCUCCUCCUCGUCCUCCGGAGCCGAGCCGUCUGCGCCCGGCGGCGGCGGCGGGAGCCCGGGAGGCUGCCCCGCCCUGGGAACGAAGAGCUGCAGCUCCUCCUGUGCGGAUUCCUUUGUUUCUUCCUCUUCCUCUCAGCCUGUAUCCCUAUUUUCGACCUCACAAGCCAGUUUCCCAGAGCAUCCUGCUUUUCUCUCAAAGAAAAUUGGUGGAGUGGAAGAGCAAAUAGAUAAAGAGACCAAGAACCCAAAUGAGGUAUCAAGUAGGGAAGCUAAAACUGCAUUGGAUUCUGAUGACAGAUUCACUUUGCUAACAGCCCAGAAACCACCUACUGAGCACUCUAAGGUAGAAGGCAUUUAUACAUAUUCUUUGUCCCCAUCCAAAGUUUCAGGAGAUGGUGUUAUUGAAAAGGAUUCCCCCGAAUCACCAUUUGAAGUAAUUAUUGACAAAGCAGCAUUUGAUAAAGAAUUUAAAGACUCAUAUAAGGAGAACACAGAUGAUUUUGGCAGCUGGUCUAUGCACACUGAUAGAGAAUCAUCCGAAGACAUUUCAGAGACUAAUGACAAGCUUUUUCCACUGAGAAAUAAAGAGGCAGGACGUUACUCAAUGUCUGCAUUGCUCAGUAGACAGUUUUCACACACAAAUGCAGCACUGGAAGAAGUGUCUAGAUGUGUGAAUGAUAUGCAUAACUUCACUAAUGAAAUACUGACUUGGGAUUUGGUUCCUCAAGUGAAACAACAGACUGAUAAAUCCUGUGAGCGCAUCACAAAAACUACAGGACUUGUCAUGAGUGAAUAUAAUUCAGAAAUUCCAGUUGUAAAUCUUAAAACUAACACUGAUCAGAAAAUUCCUGUAUGUUCUGUUAAUGGGAGCACUCCCAUCACUAAAUCAACAGGUGAUUGGGCGGAAGCAUCUCUCCCGCAAGAAAAUGCUAUCACUGGAAAACCUAAAGCAGAUCCUCUCAGUUCCGCAAAAGAAGUCAGUAUCGGAGGUGUACAAGGCAAUAUGCAGAAACAGGAUGACGUACUUGCAGAAUUACCUGAGUCUACACCUGAGAAAUGUGACUCUUUGGGUUCUGGAGUGGCCACAGUGAAAGUGGUUUUAUCUGAUGACCACCUGAAAGAUGAAAUGAACUGGCAGAGCUCUGCAUUGGGAGAAAUCACAGAGGCCGAUAGUUCUGGUGAGUCUGAUGACACAGUAAUAGAGGACAUCACAGCAGAGUCAUCAUUUGAAAAUAACAAAAUUCAGGCUGAAAAACCUGUUUCCAUUCGAAGUACUGUUGUAAAAACAGGUGAAAGAGAAAUCAAAGAGAUUCCCAGUUGUAAGAGAGAAGAAGAAACAACUAAAAACUUUGAGGAGUUGGUCAGUGAUUCUGAACUACAUCAAGAUUGGCCUGAUAUUCUUGAAAGGAGUCCAGCUCGUGAGGCAGCAUGUCCAAAAGUACCUGAUAUGAAUAUCUCUUUAGAUGUGAAGCAGUCAGAUAAAAUGAGUGAAGUUGUGCCUGAAAACCCUAUUACUACUCAGAACCCCAAACCUCCUUCAACAGUGUCUCCAAAUGUUUUUAAUGAGACAGAAUUCUCAUUAAAUGUGACAACAUCUGCCUAUUUAGAGUCAUUACAUGGGAAAAAUGUUAAACAUGUAGAUGAUUCCUCCCCAGAGGACCUGGUAGCAGCUUUUGCAGAAACCAGAGAGAAAGGUAUAGUAGCUAGUGAAGGAAAUGCCUUUAAAGCAGGAUCAGAGAAGACGACAGACUUUAAAACAGCUCUUCCUGUAGAAAAAGUCUUACAUGAAAAUGAGCCUGGUAGUUCUGAAAUUAAAGACAUUGGAAGCAAAUACAGUGAACAAAGCAAAGAAACAAAUGGAAGUGAGCCUCUAGGUGUUUUCCCCACUCAAGGUACUCCAGUAGCACCUCUUGACUUAGAACAAGAACAGCUCACAAUCAAGGCUCUUAAAGAAUUAGGUGAAAGACAAGCUGAGAAGUCAGCUUCUGCACAGCAUGACACAGAAUUGCCUUCUGAAGAAGUGCUGAAACAAACUUUCACAUUCGCUCCAGAAUCUUGGCCACAGAGAUCAUGUGACAUCCUAAAACAUAAUGUCAAGAAUGGAUCUGAUCUUGGGAUUUCCCAAAAGCCCACUGCUAUCAGAGAAACUACUAGGGUAGAUGCUGUUUCCAGCCUUAGCAAGACUGAAUUAGUAAAAAAGCAUGUCCUAGCAAGACUUCUGACAAACUUCUCAGUGCACGAUCUGAUUUUCUGGCGAGAUGUGAAGAAGACUGGGUUUGUCUUUGGCACCACACUGAUCAUGCUGCUUUCCCUGGCAGCUUUCAGUGUCAUCAGUGUGGUUUCUUACCUCAUCCUGGCUCUUCUCUCUGUCACCAUCAGCUUCAGGGUCUACAAGUCUGUCAUCCAAGCUGUACAGAAGUCAGAAGAAGGUCAUCCAUUCAAAGCCUACCUGGAUGUAGACAUUACUCUGUCCUCAGAAGCUUUCCAUAACUACAUGAAUGCUGCCAUGGUGCACAUCAACAGGGCCCUGAAACUCAUUAUUCGUCUCUUUCUGGUAGAAGAUCUGGUUGACUCCUUGAAGCUGGCUGUCUUCAUGUGGCUGAUGACCUAUGUUGGUGCUGUUUUUAACGGAAUCACCCUUCUCAUUCUUGGUAAGAUGGCAAGGAGAAUGUGCCCAUGCUCUUUGAAGUAGUUCGUAAGAAUAAGA